AUGGAAAGGGUGCUGGGAAUAACAUAUGUCAUUUGUUGGUCCGUUUCAGUGUAUCCAGUGGUCUGGGCCAAUUGGAAAAAUGGGAAUGCUAAUGCUGUGUCAUUUGAUUAUGUUGUCUUAAAUACUGUCGGUUAUUCAUGCUUAUUAGCAUCCAUGGUAUUGCAGAAACUGUUCUGGGCUGAAGGUACUGAUGAAACACUGAUUGCCCCAGAAAUUUCCGGAUCAGAUCUCAUUUAUUGCGGGCAUGGUACCUUAUUGUGCUUCGUUCUCUUAUCACAAUUUUUGUUAGGGAAUAGACUAUGGAAUUUCUCACACACUACCAGAACGCAUCCAAAGAUGCAUACGGUGUACAAGAGGAUGUUUUCCAUCAUAAUGUUAGUUGUCUUGGUCAUAACGAUUAUUUUCUUUACAGAUAUUUUAACAGUUGGUUUGUCAAAUGCAACAUUACUCUCUUAUUGCAAUAAUUUAUCACUUGUAAAGAUCACAAUGUCUCUGAUAAAGCAUCUUCCCCAGGUGAGGCACAACUUCCAAAGGAAGAGUAUGGCAGGAUUUCCUAUCCAAUCGACUUGUAUAGACGUCUUGGGGAGUGUAUGUUCAUUGAGUCAAUUAGCUCUUCGUUUAGCUUCAAAACCGCAGGGAUUGACCCUGAUGUCCUUUUUCACCAACUUCGGGAAGAUUGGUAUUGGAUUGAUCACACUUUUGUUUAAUAUUGUGUACGUCUCUCAAUGGAUUGUUUAUAGUUUAUCACCAUAG